AUGGUCCUCUCUAAGCCCAACGAUAACCCUGUGCAAACGCUCUUUGAUCUGACUGGCAAGGUUGUCGCCAUCACUGGCGGCGGGCGAGGAAUUGGCCUAGCCGUGGCUACUGCAUACGCCGAGGCUGGUGCCAAGGUUGCUAUUCUCUAUCGCACAACCACAACUGCUUCCAAAACAGCAGAAGAGCUUGCUUCUAAACAUCACACACAAGCUCGCGCUUACCAAGCCGAUGUCACCGUUCCCAAGGAAAUAUCUACAGCUAUUGAUCAGAUAGUGAAGGACUUUGGAAAGCUUGACGUGAUCGUGGCCAAUGCAGGUAUUUGCUCAGAGCACGCGGCUGAGGAGUACACUCCCGAGGAGUUCCAGGAGAUUAUGGACGUCAAUGUCAAUGGUGCAUUCUAUACUGCGCAGGCCGCCGCAAGGGUCUUUAAGCGACAGGGAUUCGGCAAUGUGGUAUUCACAGCGUCUGUCAGCGCGACACUCGUGAACACGCCCCAACGACAGGCUGCGUAUAAUGCGUCAAAGGCCGGAGUCUUGCAGCUGACCAAGUCACUCGCGGUGGAAUGGGUGAACUUCUGCCGAGUUAACUGUGUCUCGCCGGGCUAUAUCCAGACUCAGAUCAUGGAGUAUGCAUCUGAGGACGUGCUCAACAAGUGGCUGAGUCAAAUUCCCGCCCGUCGGUUCGCUUCUCCAUAUGAACUCAAGGGGGUUUACCUUUUCUGCGCUUCAGAUGCGUCUAGUUAUAUGACAGGUUCGAAUCUGGUGGUUGAUGGUGGAUUCACAUUGCCAUAA